GCGUAAUCUUCCCCGUAUGAUGCUUUGCCUCUACCUCUUAGAGCAGUAUGGUCACAUUUCCACCUUCUGGUCACAAUGCCUCGUUUUCUCUCUCCGCUUCCACUGAGUAGGGCGCGCAGCGCGCGUAACGUCGCUUCCUCUCUGCACAGAGCGCAGCGUCUCGUUUCCUCUCUGCGCGGCGCACACGCUGCGAUUCCCGUGCAUUCGGCAGUCUGCCGCCUCAUCUGUAGGACAGAACGCGCCGCUCAGCCCACGAGCGGAGGAUUUGCGCGCCUCUCAGAAACGUCGUCGUCGUCCACUGGAGAGUCGACAAGGAAAGCGUCGGCAGCACCGGGAGCGGAGCGACAGGAUUGUUGCUACUGCUGCCAACGAAUGAAGUAGUACAAGGAAACGGGCAGCCAGUGGAAGCGCUGAACAUGUGGCCUUGGUUGUUUGGAGAAAUUAGAUGGGUGCCUGAAAUGGGAAGCAGCUGAGAGAACGUGGCAAGGCAGAGUGGUGGGGAGGAGGAAGUAAACAGAGGUAGAGGUUGUCUCUGUCUGUCCUUCACUCUGUCUUUGUUACAGUGUGAGCAGCCUAUCCACCAUGUUGGCCAAAAGGAAGUACUUGCUGAACAAUCUGGAACCUGACCGCCUUGCCCUUUAUAAGCAAUACCGCUGCAUCUACCAGUACCAACUUCUUGUUCUUUUGUUGGGCAUCAUGAUCAUUUUCUGUAUAGCUCUUAUCUCCACCUUUUUUAGUUCAAAACUGGCUGCUUCAGAAUACCAAGCCUUCCUCAUCUCUGUGUUUGGGGGUCUUGUCCUGUUUGGCAUUGUCUUUGCUUUUGUUUGCACUGAGUCGCUCUUUCAGAAAUGGAUGCGCACCUUUGGCAUUGUGGUCUGGAUCUGUCUUCUUGGUAUGGGCUAUGCCUUUAUCUUCAGUGGCGAUAUGGUUCACACCUGGGACCAGGUGCCAUUUUUCCUCUUUAUAAUUUUCACUGUGUACAGCAUGCUUCCAUUUCGGAUGAAGGAUGCAGUCAUUUUUAGCCUCCUGUCUUCAGUGUCUCAUAUAAUUGUUAGUGUCAGUGUGACUGACUGGCAGAAAUGGUCCAUUGUGUUGUGUCAGCUGGUAUCCAACAUCAUCAUUUUCCUGUGUGGAACUGUGGUGGGUGCAUUCCACAAGGUCUUUAUGGAGAGUGCCUUGCAACAGACCUUUAAAGACACCCUGAACAGCCUUAAAAUCCGAAUGAAGUUAGAAAUUGAAAAACGGCAACAGGAGAAGCUACUGUUGUCUGUGUUGCCGGCCCACAUCUCCAUGGAAAUGAAACUGGCCAUUAUUGAACGACUAAAAGAAAGCAAAGAUGCUCAGCAGAGGCAGGUGAAGGACAACAACUUCCACAGUCUUUACGUCAAGAGGCAUCAGAAUGUCAGCAUCCUGUAUGCAGACAUUGUGGGCUUCACUCGUCUGGCCAGCGACUGUACUCCCAAAGAUCUUGUUAUCAUGUUAAAUGAAUUAUUUGGGAAAUUUGACCAGAUUGCAAAGGAGAAUGAAUGCAUGAGAAUUAAGAUUUUGGGUGAUUGCUACUACUGUGUGUCAGGGCUGCCAGUCUCAUUGCCCAAUCAUGCCAAGAACUGUGUCAAAAUGGGCCUGGACAUGUGUGAAGCUAUAAAGCAGGUGAGGGAAGCCACUGGGGUUGAUAUCAACAUGAGAGUUGGAGUACAUUCUGGAAAUGUUCUCUGUGGUGUUAUUGGACUUCGAAAAUGGCAGUAUGAUGUAUGGUCACAUGAUGUCACCUUGGCCAAUCACAUGGAGUCUGGAGGCUUACCUGGCCGAGUGCAUAUCACUGAUGCCACCCUGAAACAUCUAAAUGAUGCCUAUGAGGUGGAAGAAGGGAAUGGUCACCUGAGAGACCCAUACCUGAAGGAGCAGCAUAUACAGACCUACCUUGUCAUUGAUCCCAGGUCAAAGGAUACCCAAGUACACAACAAACAUCUGCCAAGGCCUAAGGUAAAUGAUGGUCUCAAGGGACGUGCAUCGGUGAGGAUGACCAGGUACCUGGAGUCAUGGGGUGCUGCCAAACCCUUUGCUCAUCUCCAGAAUCGUGAGGCACUAGCCAGUGAAGCAUUAGCUGGUAAUAGCAAGUUCUGCAAGGACAUUCCUAUGCGGCCCAUUCCUUUCCAUAAAAAACUAGACAGAAACAAAUCCCAGAAGAAUAAGUUUAAUGAGGAACUUCACAACAAGAUGGUGACAACAAUUGAUGAGCUAAACUCACUGAGGCAGUGGAUCAAACUAGAGGAGUUUUAUAGCAUCUCACUGUACUUUAAAGAGAUGGGGUUGGAGAAACCAUAUCGAAAUACAGACCUUCCUGGAUUUCAGUACUACCUGGCUUGUGCAACCUUUGUGUUCCUGUGUAUUCUCUCUGUGCAGUUGCUUGUCUCUCAAAGGUUUCAUGAAAUGGGGGUUUUCUUUGGAGUGAUAACUGUGAUGCUUCUCUGUACUAACUUGCUGUGUUUUACCAGUGACAUAGUGCGCAAAUUUUGCCCCAAGCCUCCUAGGCUGAUAAGAAUGCUUUCAGUCAUCUCGAAAUCCAUACAAAAGAAGCCCUAUGUACGACUUCCAGUGACCAUCCUAGUCAUAAGCAUCAUCCUGGUGCCGGCAAUCUUGGCUCUGGUUUAUGUGGAAAAAAAUCCAACUGAUUCGGCAAACAAUACUGUACUUGAGCCAGAGCCUUCUUACUUACCGUACUAUGUAUACUGCUGCCUUCUGGGACUCAUGGCUGGCUGUGUAUUCCUGAGAGUGAACUUUGAACUGAAGUUAUCCUUCCUGGUGUUGUCCUGCUGCAUUUACUUUACUUUCAUCCUAAAGACACAGUCAUCCAACAACUACCCAAACCAGCCAUGUGGCUCAAACUGUACUGAAUUGUUAAACCACCUUCCUUUUAUACUUGAAGACCCAACAACGAUGAGCUGCAUCUACACCCUAUUGUUUGUGCUCACCUUGUUAAUCCUUACCUGGCAGAAUGAGUACUGCUACAGGAAAGACUUUCUGUUGAAGAACAAAAAUCAGCAGAAACAAGAAGAGAUUGAGACCAUGGAGAAUUUGAACAGACUAUUGCUUGAAAAUGUGCUUCCAGCUCAUGUAGCUGCCCAGUUCAUUGAGGACAACAAGAAAAAUGAGGAAUUCUACUACAACUCCUAUAACUGUGUCUGUGUCCUGUUUGCCUCCGUUCCUGACUUCAAGGAAUUCUACACUGAAUGUGACAUUAAUAAGGAGGGUCUGGAAUGUCUGCGGCUGCUUAAUGAGAUAAUUGCUGACUUUGAUGAGCUUCUAUCAAAACCUAAGUUUAGUGGAGUGGAGAAAAUUAAAACAAUUGGGAGCACCUACAUGGCAGCUACAGGCCUCAGUGGGAAUCAACACAUGGAUAAUAAUCAGGACUCUGACAGACAGCAUAUGCAAAUUGGCAUCAUGGUGGAAUUUGCUAUCGCUAUGAUGGGAAAACUUGAUGGGAUUAACAGACAUUCAUUUAACAACUUUCGUUUGCGCAUUGGAAUGAAUCAUGGUCCUGUGAUUGCUGGAGUCAUUGGUGCACGUAAACCUCAAUAUGAUAUCUGGGGCAACACUGUGAAUGUUGCCAGCAGAAUGGAGAGCACAGGGGAGCUUGGAAAAAUUCAGGUUACUGAAGAAACAACCAAUAUUUUGCAAAAACUUGGAUAUGUCUGUGAAUGUCGGGGGUUGAUCAGUGUAAAGGGAAAAGGCGAGCUGCGCACAUACUUUGUCUGUACUGAUAUGACUAAAUCACAGGGCAUUUCUCUGAACUGAUGUACCCUUCUCCAUCUCCACAUGAGGAAUUGAUGGAGGGCUGAAUCACUUUGACUGGACAUGGAUCCUGUUUGCACUUGUGAUCAAGACAAAGUAUAUGGUUUUAUCAGUAAAUUACUUGGGUACAACUGUCUCAUAUCUUUAACAAUGUGAUCAAGAUCUAAACAACUGCUCUGGUCUUGCUACAGUUGGUCGGAUAAACCUCAUACGUACAUUCUUGUGACCAAAACAUGGCGACAUUGCAUCAGCUUUUUGGAGAAAGACUGAUACAGAAUGCUGUGGCUUAGUAAGCGAAGAGACAAUGGAGUUAUUUCUACACCAACAAGAACCCAAAGAUGCUUUGACAAUGGAGAAAAUCGAUAUGGCUAUUGAACUUGAGCAACAAUUGCCUGGUUUUCUCCAUUUGCACUAUGGUAUUUUCUGAAUAUUCUGUUGCAAACCAAUAGACAAAUUACAAUUUUAAAAAGAAUUUAUCAUUUAACAGUGGCAUCUUUAAUACUCCAUUUAUAAAUGCAGCUGUGAAUAUGUGUGUAAUGCACCUAAAAUCUUCUCCCCUUCCUGUUAAAAAAGCUGUGGCUGGGGCUAUAUGGCACCAUAUUUUCAUGAGGCUGUAUUUUUCUGCCCUUUAUUCUAUUUUUAACAGCACUAAUUGUUUAUUUUGUGGCAUUUGGAUGAGCCUCUGCAUUAAAUGGAAUUAUUCACACUUGUGCAGCUUGUGGGUCUGCAUGUAGGCUUCUGCUGGGGUGGGUGAGUAAAAAAUACCUCCUCACUUUCCUCUAUGGUGCAAUCACUUUUUAAACCUUAUUUUUUAAUUUAAAUGACAUGCAAAGAGUGAUACAGGACAGAGACUAACCUUCCACUGGAAGAUUUUAGACAAUGUAUAUAAUAAAGAUUUCUAAAA